AUGGACCACGGCCAUCUGUACAUACCACUCUGGACUUUCGGCACAUCGAAAGAUAGCUCAAUCUUGGAUAUAUUUACCACUGUCCUGGGUAUCUACACUCUUGACCUUGCUGAAACUUCGUCGCCCAACCUUGCCAGAAGGAGCCACAAUCCCACUCACAACGAAAGUGUGCGAAGAUACAUGGAAAAUCGCAUCAAGCAACAGGGCGAUUUAUUUACGCACACCAUGCAAGAUGCUUAUCCUGUCAAGCAGGAAUUAAAAGCUCGAGGGGGAAUAUCGCUGGAGUUCAUCUUGUUUGAGCCUGUCGUCUUCCUACAAGGCGAUGUCAAGCGCGAUCCCAAUUCUCCGGAAAAGCCGGCUCUUAUCAGAGGCAGGAUUAAUCUACAUGCUCCUCAUCCGAUCAGAUUGAAGAGUUUCUCGGUCUCUUUCCAUGGAAAGGCUUGCUUAAAGCCGUUUGGAAAUAACGCAAGGACACAAGAUGUGAUCAAUUCCAGUAUUACAUAUGCCGAGGAUGGACACCUGAUCUCCACAGACUUGGACGACUACAGUCAAUCCACGACCGAAUGCACCGCAAGGGAACACGCUGCGGAAAAGCGUAGAAACUCUGCCCCAACACUGAUGACCCGACCGAUUGCACCGCCCGAGUAUGAUGCACAAGAUGAAGAGUCCUUCCGGCGGAGAUCGAUCAGUGGAUAUUCUCGGGAUUCCGUCAGAGCCCAGGUGAAAGGGAGGCAAGACCUGUUACCCGCCGGAAAUCACACCUUUCCGUUUGAAUUCGUUGUGCUCAAUCUGCUCCCCGAGUCGAUCGAUACCUAUCUGCUGUCUAUUCGCUACUACCUCGAAGCCCGGAUUGAAUUCGGCGGCUUCUUUGGCUCAAAGCUGACCUCGCAGCUUCACGUCCCAAUUGUUCGCUUACCACCCGAAGGCUCGUUGGAAAUGACUGAGCCAGUCACUCUCAUGAGGGACUGGAGCAAGAACCUGCAUUAUCAUUUCUUCCUGCUUGGAAGAAGCUUUCGUCUGGGAUCACAAAUUCCUAUUAGACUGGGACUGCUCCCUUUGGUCCCGCUGAAAUGCAUUGCCGUGCAAGUUCUUAUUCAGCAGCACAUUCGGUACUGGGAUAUUGACCGGACAAAUUGUCUGAUCGAUUCGGGCAAACGAACGAUCCUUCUGCUCGAGAAGAAUGUCGGGGCUGAAUGCCGAAGCGUCUUUGCUGGUGGAAAUGUUCACAUCACGAAAGAGCAAGAUAAAACAGAAAUGGAGGACCUGAAGAAUACGAGUCUGCUUGGGAGCAUGCUGCAACCGUGUCAAAUUGAAAUGCAUGUGCAAUUACCCAGGUGUCUGGACCUCAAGCAGCGACCCUCGUAUCAAAGAAUCCAUGCAAGCAGCACCAUCGGGAGACUGGAUGUCAGUCAUUGGAUUCAGGUCGUCCUGCGUCUUUCCUUGAAUGACACAGAUAGUGGGAUUUCCACGACGGGGCGGAGUAUCUCUCAACGACUCACUCUUCAAACACCCAUCACCAUUCGGUCAUGCAAGGCAACUGCAUCCAACAUCUACCCUCCGCCGUACACAUUCGAACCUGGGUUAGACCUGGGAUCGUUUCAAAACACGACCUGCGACUGUCAAAGCAGCGCCACACCAUUUUCUUUCCCUGAUAACAGUGAGAUGGAAGAUUCUAGGCCGAGAGAUUACCAACCCAUCGAGUCAGUCUCGCCAUAUAGUGCCCCGUUGUUUAAGUGCUUGAGCCCUUGUGAUACCCCUACCCUAAACACGGAAGAGUUGGGUACCUGA